AAGUAAUUUGGAAAGUGAUUGCGCACUCGUGGUACCAAUUUCUGUUGCGAGAUACUGAACAGUUGUGUUUUCAUUUUCAUCAUCGAAUUCUGUUGAAAUCGUGUUGGCAAAUUGUGAAAAAAUUAAGUAUUGUUUAUUUAAAUGUUGUGAAGUAGAAGAAUAACUCUGCAAAAAUGAAGAACAGGUUCAGUACAUACGAUAUAGUAUGUAUGGUCACGGAGUUGCAAAGGCUGAUUGGCAUGAGAGUCAAUCAAGUGUACGACAUAGAUAAUAAAACAUAUGUGAUCCGGCUACAACGGUCCGAAGAGAAGUCUGUGCUGCUACUGGAGUCUGGUAACCGGUUCCACACCACACAAUUUGAAUGGCCAAAGAAUGUCGCUCCGUCUGGGUUUACUAUGAAGCUCAGAAAACACUUAAAGAACAAGCGUCUGGAGAAGCUGUCACAACUCGGUGUGGACCGUAUCGUGGACUUACAAUUCGGUAGCGGGGAAGUGGCAUUCCAUGUGAUAUUGGAGCUGUAUGACAAGGGAAACAUCGUGCUCACGGACCAUGAAUGGACCAUAUUGAACGUUCUCAGGCCUCACGUUGAGGGGGACAAGAUAAGGUUUGCAGUGAAGGAGAAGUACCCUCUUGACCGCGCUAAGACGAGCCACGCGCCGCCCCCUGCGGACGCGCUCAAGGAAAUAUUCGCCACCAGCAAACCUCAGAACAACCUAAAGAAGAUUCUCAACCCUAAACUUGAAUACGGAUCCUCAGUAAUCGACCACGUACUCCAGGAGUGUGGUCUGUCAGGCAACAUGAAGGUGAACAGGGAGGGGCGAGGCUUCCACCCGGAGGAGCAGCUGGACACACUACUGGCGGCGCUGCGGCUGGCGGAGGACCUCAUGGAGGCAGCCAAGACCAGGGUCCAUAAGGGCUACAUAAUCCAGCGGCGGGAAGAGCGUCCGAGCCCCGACGGCGAGGCUCCAACCUUCCUCCUCACCAACCAGGAGUUCCACCCGCUACUGUUCGCGCAGCACAAGAACCUACCUUACACGGAGUAUGACACCUUCGACCGAGCUGUCGACGAGUUCUUCUCUGCUCUGGAGGGGCAGAAGAUUGAUAUGAAGACAAUCCAAGUAGAACGUGAAGCGAUGAAGAAGCUCCAAAACGUGAAGAAGGAUCACGAGAAGCGCGUGACGGAACUGUCGCGUGCGCAACAGGAGGACUGCAAGGCGGCCGAGCUGAUCUCGCGCAACGAACCGCUCGUCGAGCAGGCGCGGACCGCCAUACAGGCUGCCAUAGCCAACCAGAUGUCCUGGGACGACAUCACAGAGCUGGUCAAGGCGGCUCAGGAUAACAACGAUCCGAUAGCAUCGUGCAUCAAACAGCUCAAACUGAACACAAACCACAUCACACUACUGCUGACCGACCCGUACGCGGCUUAUGAAGAUGAUGAUGAUGGUGAUGGUGAAAAUAAUGAUGAUGAUGAUGACAAACUGAAGCCCAUGCUGGUAGAUAUUGAUCUGUCGCUGACUGCGUUUGCUAAUGCUAGAAGAUACUACGAUCAGAAACGAAACGCAGCGAAGAAGCAGCAGAAGACCUUAGAAUCGGCAGGUAAAGCCCUGAAGAGUGCCGAGCGGAAGACCAAGCAGACGUUGAAGGAGGCGCACACCAUAAGCAGCAUCAGCAAGGCCCGCAAGACGUACUGGUUCGAGAAGUUCUACUGGUACAUAUCCUCGGACAACUACCUGGUGAUAGGCGGUCGUGACCAGCAACAGAACGAGCUUCUGGUGAAGAGGUAUAUGCGCACGAGAGACAUUUACGUGCACGCGGACCUCUCAGGGGCCUCCUCCAUCGUCAUCAAGAACCCCAGCGGGGGACCCGUGCCGCCGAGGACGCUGUCUGAGGCGGGCCAGGCCGCUGUCGCUUACAGCGUGGCGUGGGAGGCCAAAGUUAUGACGCGCGCGUGGUGGGUGCACGCGCACCAGGUGUCCAAGUCGGCGCCCACCGGCGAGUACCUCACGACGGGCUCCUUCAUGAUCCGCGGCAAGAAGAACUACUUGCUGCCCGAGCUCAUGCAGUUCGGGUUCAGCUUCCUCUUCAGGCUAGAAGACAGCUGCAUCGACCGUCACCGCGACGAGAGGAAGCCGAUAACAGCAGACGCAGACACCGACGCGGACGCCGCCUCUGACGUCACAUCCUUGCAGGAGGACCAGGAAAUACCAGUCUCUGAUGAUGAUGAAUUAUCAGACAAAGAAGCGUCAACGUUAAGAAUAGACUCGCAACUGGACACGAUAACAGAGGAAACUGCACGGAUAGACAGCUUAAAUAACUCACCAAAAAGAGAACAGAAAGAGAUAGAUGUUGCGGAAGACAGAGAAGGAGAAGAUGAGACAGAAGAGAAAGAAGAUGGCCAGGAUGAGAGUGAUUUAGGCAGCGAGAGUUCUUCAGAAGAAUUUCCUGAUACUCAUAUCAAGAUAGACCAUGGUACAGGGGAAGUGAUCAUGCACUCGAAGACCAGGACCAUAUCUGAAGUGUCUGAUAAGAGUGAGGACAAACCUUUAUCAUUCCCCACGUUGCCCAAGAAAGGAGGCAAGAAGCCACAGAAGCAAGAACAGAAGAAGAAAGAAGAGAAAGUAGAGAAGAGCGCGAAGAGAGGGCAGAAGGGGAAGUUGAAGAAGAUGAAGGGGAAAUACAAGGACCAGGACGAGGAGGACCGGGCUGUGAGGAUGGAGUUGUUACAGCCAGCGAAGGAGUCCCGCAAGGCGCAGAAGGCGGCCGCCAAGCCGCACAAGAGCAAAGCGGGCGCACGGGCCGCCAAGAUACCGGCGCCCGCGCCGCUCAUACUCGAGGCCGAGUCGGACGCGGACGAGCCGGAACCUGAGCCCGAGUCGGAACAGCAGGGCCCGGACGCGGAUACGGAAAUGCUCAGUCAGCUGACUGGGAAUCCGUUUCCAGAAGAUGAGCUGCUGUUCGCCGUCCCGGUGGUCGCGCCAUACUCCGCGCUGCAUAACUACAAGUUCAAGGUAAAAUUGACUCCCGGCACAAGCAAGCGAGGCAAGGCGGCUAAGACGGCAGUGGCUGUGUUCCUCAAGACCGCGUCGCCCCGGGAACGCGACCUUCUGAAGGCGGUCCGCGAAGAAAACGUGGCCAGGAACUUCCCUGGGAAGGUCAAACUCUCCGCGCCACAGCUGCAUAAGCUUAAGAAAUAAUAAUAUAUAAUAAUAGUAAUAAAAUUGUUAUUAAAAUGUUAUUUUCGUAUUUUAA